AUGGGAAAUGAGGCCAGCUACCAUCCUGAGAUGUGCAACGACUUCGACCAUGAUGAGAUCAAAAGGCUGGGCAAAAGCUUCAAGAAGAUGGACGUGGACAAAUCGGGCUCCCUGAGCGUGGAAGAGUUCAUGUCGCUGCCUGAGCUGCAGCAGAACCCACUGGUGGGCCGAGUGAUCGACAUCUUCGAUACAGACGGCAACGGGGAAGUAGAUUUCCUCGAGUUUAUCAAGGGCACCUCCCAGUUCAGCGUCAAAGGCGACGAAGAGCAGAAGCUAAGGUUCGCCUUCAGAAUCUACGACAUCGACAACGAUGGUUACAUCUCCAACGGGGAGCUCUUCCAUGUGCUGAAGAUGAUGGUAGGGAACAACCUCAUGGACUGGCAGCUGCAGCAGCUGGUGGACAAAACCAUCUUGGUCGUGGAUAAGGACGGCGAUGGCCGGAUAUCCUUCAAAGAGUUCAGCGAUGUGGUCAGAAACAUGAACAUCCACAAGAAAUUGGUUGUGUCUGUGUGA